AAACCACAGAAUACUAAUAAACUCAAGCAUAAAUACGGAGUCCACAGACUGUGGACCAUGACAAAAACAGGGUACCUUUGUGACAUAGCCUCAGCAGAAGUUUAUUUUUGCAUUAGUGGUAUUCAUCAGUCACACAGAAAGAGGCGGGUCUAACCUAGAUUGUUUUGUUUUUUUUCAGUUAUAUUUCAGUCUAAUGUUAAUACAGUCACUAGCGAGACACCAUGGAGCUCACAGCUCUUUGCAAGAAACUGUUGACAGCGUUUUUGGUGUUGGUGGUUUCACAAAUUCAACAUAACUAUGCACAGGAAGGGUCUUUUGCUCAGAUUGUUCCCACUGGACUUCAGCUCUUUGAAUAUAGUUCCCUCUCAAUUAACUGUGAGGGUUUUACUCCUGAAACUGGAUGGACUGUAAAGAGGAGACAAAAGGGACAAGUCAGUGCAUGUGUCAGUAACUGGGUGACAAUACCUGCUUCCAUCUGCGCCAUCAAACCUGUUUAUCUCACAGACAGUGGAGAAUAUUGGUGUGAGAAUGGAAGCGAGAGGAGCAACACUGUCAACAUCACAGUCACUGCUGGAGCUGUGAUCCUGGAAAGUCCUGUUGUUCCUGUGAAGGAGGGAGAAGUCGUGACUUUUAUCUGUAGAAGUACCGUGACCUCUUCUGCUCACAUAACAGAUUUCUUCAAAGAUAACCGACACAUCAACAGCAGCUCCACAGGCAAGAUGACCAUUAGUAGAGUUUCUGAGUCUGAUGAAGGGCUCUAUAAGUGCAAUAUCUCAGACUAUGGAGAAUCUCCAGAGAGCUGGCUCACAGUCCGAGCCCUUCACAGAGCUAAUCAAAGUGCCCAAAGCUACUCACAGAACUCUUGCCAUCGUUACCUGGUUGUACGGACUAUUUUCACUGUAAUCAUGGUAGUUCUACUCCUGCUCAUUGUGGGACUUCUUUACCGUGGGAACAUAUGAGUUUCAAAGAACUGACUCAAAUUCACUUCACCAGACAAACAAUCAUUUCUGGGGUUUCAUUUCAUACCAAAAUAAAAUAUUGUAGCAAGAAA